AUGGCGUUUUGGUGGCCUUUACUGGUGCUCGCGUUUGCAUAUGCGAUCUGUAGAUUCCUCCUUAUGCUCAUCCCUUCCAACGUGCCGUCUAUUGACGUUGAUGCCUCUGAUGUGUUGGAUGAUGGGAAUCAAACAAUGGAAAACAGCUUCAUCUAUAUACCUUCAAGAAGACAAACAGAUAAAGUCCCGUGUUAUGAGCCUGCAACAAUGAAGUACCUGGGCUACUUCCCUGCACUGAAACCUGAUGAGGUUAAGGAGCGUGUGGCACAGGCAAGGAAAGCUCAAAAGAUAUGGGCACAAAGUAGCUUCAAGCAAAGGCGUCAGUUUCUGCGGAUACUUCUAAAGUAUAUCAUUGAACAUCAGGAUCUUAUAUGCGAAAUUUCUUCACGUGAUACUGGAAAAACCAUGGUAGACGCUUCUUUGGGGGAAAUUAUGACAACAUGUGAGAAGAUCACUUGGCUUCUGUCCGAGGGAGAAAAGUGGCUAAAGACUGAGUACAGAUCCUGUGGAAGAUCGAUGAUUCACAAGACAGCCAAAGUGGAAUUCCAUCCCCUUGGUGUUAUUGGAGCUAUUGUUUCAUGGAACUAUCCAUUUCACAACAUAUUCAAUCCAAUGUUGGCAGCAGUCUUCUCAGGAAACAGCAUUGUGAUUAAGGUUUCAGAACAUGCAAGUUGGUCAGGAUGUUUUUAUCUGCGUAUAAUCCAAGCUGCCCUCGCUGCUAUAGGAGCUCCUGAAAAUUUAGUCGAAGUAAUAACUGGGUUUGCUGAAACGGGAGAAGCGCUAGUGUCAUCAGUAGACAAAAUCAUAUUUGUUGGAUCACCUGGUGUGGGUAGAAUGAUAAUGAGGAAUGCUGCAGAUACAUUAAUACCUGUCACGCUUGAGCUUGGUGGAAAAGAUGCAUUUAUUGUCUGCGAAGAUGUGAAUGUACCACAUGUUGCACAAAUUGCUGUCAGGGGGGCUCUUCAAUCAAGUGGACAAAAUUGUGCUGGAGCUGAGAGAUUUUAUGUUCAUAAAGACAUUCAUUCAGCAUUUGUUGCUGAAGUUGUCAAAAUUGUGAAAUCUGUAACUGCCGGUCCUCCACUACUUGGAAAAUAUGAUAUGGGAGCCAUCUGCAUGCAGGAGCAUUCUGAAAAGCUUCAGAGUCUGGUAAAUGAUGCCCUUGACAAAGGAGCUGAAAUUGCUGGUCGAGGAAGUGUUGGAAAUAUUGGUGAAGGUGCUGUGGAUCAAUACUUCCCUCCUACUGUGAUUAUAAAUAUGAACCAUACUAUGAAACUGAUGCAGGAAGAGGCAUUUGGACCAAUUAUGCCUAUAAUGAAAUUUAGUUCCGAUGAAGAAGUUGUUGAACUUGCAAAUGAUUCCAAGUAUGGUCUUGGAUGUGCUGUGUUUUCUGGCAGCCAGCGUCGUGCCAAACAGAUAGCUUCCCAGAUACACUCUGGAGUUGCUGCAGUCAAUGAUUUUGCAUCGACUUAUAUGUGUCAGUCCCUUCCGUUUGGAGGUGUAAAGGAGAGUGGAUUUGGAAGAUUUGCUGGUGUAGAAGGGUUGCGAGCUUGCUGUCUUGUUAAAUCUGUAGUGGAGGAUCGAUGGUGGCCUUUCAUCAAAACCAAGAUACCUAAGCCUAUCCAGUAUCCUAUUUCAGAGAAUGGGUUCAAGUUUCAGGAGUCGCUUGUAGAAGCUUUAUAUGGCUUGAACGUGUGGGACCGUCUGCGUUCAUUGGUAGAUGUUCUCAAAAUGCUGUCAGACCAAAACGCGUCUAAAGGCAACAAGAGAACCGACUGA